AUGGGUAUGGCAACACGUUCGCCUUCGCCACGGACAGUUCACUCCGGACAGCGGCAGGAGGAAGGGAAUUGGGUGGCGUCUGUUCCCGGGGAGAGAACUCAACUAGGGACAUCGGAUCACGUGAAGCUCCACCCAAUUGAUCGCUGCUCUCCCGAUAUCCCCAUAUCGCCGCCUCACACCUCAGCCGCUGAUGUGAAUGAUGUACCUUUAGCGGAGGUUGUUCACGGUGGGGGCUUCGGUGAAACUAAUAUUGCCGCCGAUAUUGGAGGUUGUGCUCGCUUAGUUGAGCCUGCAACUUUUUGUGUGGCCUGCGAAGACCGCCAAAGUACCACCCUUUUGUUAGCUCACAACCAGAACGCUUUGGACCACCAAAAGCAACAGCAACCCGUGGAUGGUGAGGGACAGUGCCCACUCACCGCGCACGAUGGGCCACCACGAGGCAGGUUGCGAUUUGGUUUGCGUUCGUUGAGGGUUGUAACCGAAGAAAGUGGCACGACGGCGAGGCGGUUCUUAAGACUUAGAAGACCACAAGUAGGUGCCGAGGAGCGGGCUGAACAGUCCAUAGGUCCAGGAGACAGACAUUUCGCUCCAGAAGAGGGAGAACAUCCCCUUCAAGAAAAAACAAAUUCACAAUUCGACACCCAGCCCCUUCCCCCUAUGCACACCAGCGUAACUACAGACGGAUCAUCCCGCACCAACGAAAAGGUGGAGCAUCCCGGUGGUACUGUGCAACACCAGCACACGACAAGGAUGGCGGAGGCAGUAAAUGCAAGCUUCAAUGGCCCCACUCCGUCGCUUUCGGUGUGUAAAUUGGGAAAGUCUUUGGGAUCUGGUGUACUGCUCUCACCAACACCUACGACCCCAAUAUUGAAGAGAAAUAAUGGUGCGGCCAGCCGAAAGCGUCACAGCAAGGUGAAUGUAUUUCUGCCGCAUAGUCCCGUUCCCAUCGACUUCAGUUCGGUUACCACACAUGUGGAGUCAAAGUACGAAGUUGGGAAAAAGAUAAGUGAGGGCACGUACGGUGAAGUAUACAUUGGUCGUUGCCGAACUACGGGUGAGUAUGUUGCGUUGAAGCGACUUAAAGUUUUAGAGGGGCUGGAGGGGUUUCCCAUCACGUCUCUGCGAGAAGUGAUCGCCCUUCAGCACAUUAACAACGAGCGCCAAAACAUUGCAGUACGUAACGGAAACGCAAGCGGCAGCAACCGUGCCAAAAUGGACGCCAUAGAUGAAGUAGUUAGACUCCGUGACGUUUUACUGUCGAGCACCCACAACGAUAUAUAUCUUGUGUUCCCUUACGCGUCUUGCAGUUUGGCUGGGCUAAUGCACCGCCGAUUUCCAUUCAGUGAGAAAGAGAUUGCGUAUAUUUUCCGGAAAGUUAUUACUGCUGUGAAAAAGUUACAUGAAAUGGGUAUCAUCCACCGUGAUGUCAAGGCUGACAAUGUGCUCAUUAAUAGGGAUGGCAGCGUCCAGCUUGGGGACUUCGGUUUGUGCGCCUUUGAGGGAUGCGGCACGCGUGCCUUAACUCCCAGUCUUAUUAACCUUAACUAUCGCCCGCCUGAGAUGUUACUCGGUGCCGUCGCAUAUAACGCAAAGGUUGAUAUAUGGUCUAUUGGCUGCUUUCUAAGCCAAAUGUUUCUGCGUGUGCCGCCAUUUGCCUGCGUUCGGCCGAAAGCAGAAUUCGACGGAGCGGGCGCUGGCAACGCAAAGGUGGACCCGCAUCCCAAAGAGCCGCAGCAAAAACAGAAGUUAAAACAGCAGGGGUAUAGGGUGCAAGCGGAAACAGAACUGGCGCAACUAUCUCUUAUAACAGAGGUGUUGGGCCCGCUUGGCGGUGACCUUGAUGAAGCUUUCCCACCGGCGCAGUGUCGAAACGUGUCGCUAUUACGUGAGGUACGCGCAUCUCUAACUAGCUGUAACUCACAAUCAGCGUUAAGGGCGUCUAUGGCUUCUCUUUUUGAACCAAGCCAUCUUUACUCUCAGUACAGGGGCUUCCGCUCGUGGUUCAUCGCCACUGCUGAGCGCCGCCGUCGUUCCCCAACUUAUCCAGCGCCGUCGCCGGAGUGUCUCGACGUGCUCACUGCAAUAUUUCAGCUGGAUCCGCGGAAACGGCCGACGGCGGCCCAAUUGCUGGAAAUGCCUUUCUUUGACCUUAGCCGCGCGGUGUCGUCUCCCGCCCGACGGUCGUAUGCUGCUUAUACUUACGCUGAAGUUGAGGUAGAGAAGGCGGAGCUGUUAAUAAGAGAAGAAAUGGCUGAGAAAUUACAGAGGUACGAGGGCAGUCACCUUUUGCCUUAUCCAAGCGCUGCGUAA